CAGAUUUAUGUGACGAACGGUGUUUGUAGAAAUUUGUUUUUUUAGAUGCGCUUCAAGAACACGUCGAACGUGCCUCGAUUGAUAUCAUGCAGCCAGUCCUUGGAAAAAGGCAACAAUCACCGAUCCUGUACAAUUGAUAGUACGUCUUUAGACGAGGCGCAGAAAAAGAUGGCAACAAAUCCAGGCACUGUUUUGAGCUGGCUAACGCCAACCGAGUGCAGCCUAGUCCCCGAUGAGGCCUCUAUAAGGUCUGGAACAGGAUGCAAUGCGCGCAGACGGCAGGAUCUACGCUCUGGUGCAAGUGGCUCUGCAGAACAUAAGCAGAGCAGACGACCAGCUGCAGCAGCGAUACAUCCUCCGAAGUCUGCCACUGGACAUACGAGCGCCGUUCGAAAUGGUAGAGCAUCGACUAACACAGAUAGAAGACACACUGGUCCAGGAGGAUCGUCUGUGAAAAUGCAGCACGGGGGCAGCGCGUCCUCUUCGGGGUCAAGCUUUUCGCAAGACAGGGAUCCGCACUUCAUUCCGGCGGCUGCUGUCGCUGCGGGUCGAGGUGGAUUCCAUUUUUAUCCCGACAUGCAGCAUGUUAGAGCAAGCGGCUUCUCAUCUCUGACGUCGUCUCUACCCGGCGGCGGAGGCAGUAAACGAGGCUCGGUAAACAAGCGUGACUCGGCGCCAGCUCGUGGAGGACGGCGCGUUCUCGGAGAUAACGGAACGCUAGACUCCGAGGGAUUCCUCGACGAAAUUGAGGAUCCCAGCCAAGUUGGACUCUCGCUCAUGCAACAGAAGGCGUUACCGAAAUCACCACCGGAGCGUGAUGACGGACCCACGCGCAUCUACGGCGCAGAUGACGCCUUGUUGCAGCCAGAGGCGAAUUUAGGACACUUCGACCAAGAGCGAUACAGCCCACCAGAUCCACAGAAGU